AUGACUGACAAGAAAGAAGAAUAUGAUUAUUACUCAGAUAGUGAAAAUGAGAAACCCAAUCAAGAAACAGAGCAACAACCUCAAACCCAAGCAAAAUCUCCUGAAAAUGAACAAGAAAUUAAGAAAGAUGAAAAUGAUUCUUCAAAAACAGCCGAAGAGUCAUCAAUCCCAAAGACAGAUACACCAAUAGAGGAAACAAACAAAGGAAUCAUGCAAGUUUCUCAAGUUUUAGCAGGUUCUACAAAUAAUGAAACAGAUAAACAAGAAACAACUGAAACACAACCAGAAAACGAAGAAAAACCAAAGACAGAUGAAGAAAAUAAGCAAGAAAACAAGGAAAAUCAAGAAAAUACUUUAUCUCUUCAACCUUUAUCUUCAGUAAUACAAGAAAAAUUGCUAGACACAGAUAAACCAGCAGAAAAAGAUGAUAAAUCAACCGAAAUUCAGCAAGAAGAAAAAGAAAAACCUCAAACGGAAAAUGAAAAUUCUACAAUCGAAAAUAGCGAGUUAAAUUUACAUUUAGAUCAAGGUACAGAGAAUAAUGGAGCUCAACAGCAGCCUGGUUGCAAUAUGCCGCUAAAUUUACAAAAAAUAGUUUAUCAUUCAGAGAAUUCUUUGACUUACAAAGCUUUAAAUGGCGAAGAAUUACCACCUCUUACUGAAGGUAUGUAUGCAUCAAUUGCUCAUGAUCUCAGAAAAUAUAUUGAUAUUUGUUCAGAAAAAGGAAUGAUUUCAGAAGCAUUUUAUGUUCAAGUAAUAUGUGAUGGUAUCAAAAACGAUAAAACCGCUCAAAAAGUACAAAAGAACAAAGAAUUACAUUCAAUUGAACAAAAAAUUAAGCAAACAAACGACGAAAUUGAAGAAAGAAACAAGUACUGGAACACAGAACAAGAAAAGAUCGAUAGAGAACUCGAAAUGAGUCUCCAAGAACUAGAAAUGCAGAAAGAUAAAGCUUUUACUGAUUUAGACAACGAAUGGAAGUCACCACAGAAGAUGCAGUUGUACAGUAAACCAUCUCCUGCAUUGCUUAAUAUGAGAGAUAUAGUUAAAAGGAUGAUCAGAGCCAAAAAAUUCGAAGAUGUUCAGACUUUAAGUAAAUUAAUUGAAACAAAAGAGCAUGAAGAAGCAGAGGAAGCACAGAAAAGGAUGGAUUCAGACUAUAGGGCAGCCGAUCAACAUCUUUUUGAAAAAUUUGAGCAUGAAAAGAAAGUAAUUUACGCGAAUUACGAAAAACGAAAGUAUAAUAUACAAAGAUUGAGAGAAAAGAACUUCAGACCAAUCAACCAAAGAUUAGAGAACUUAACAAAGCAAAAGGAAUCAUUGUUAAAGUCACAAAAGAAAGUUAUGUUGUCUGAAAAAGUUACAAAGAAGAAUCGUGGAAAAGUAACAGCAAGAGAUCCAACAAAAUCAUCUCGUGCUGCUCAAAACGAAUCUGUUCCACUGCCUUCCCUUAUAAAGAAUCCAAAACUACAUCUUCAAGGUGUUACUCCUAUAAGAAGAGAAAAAUCUUCUCAUUCUUCUGCAUCUCUUGUUCGUCCUAAGAAUAAUUCAACUCCAAGAGGUGUUGAAUCAAGACUUUCAAAAUAA